GAGACGGCUCAGGACGAGCUGUCCGGGCAGCGGGUGGCGGUGCCCACCGACCUGGACAUCAUCAUCGCGGGCUUCUCUUGCAAGGACCUGUCGGGCAUGAACCGCAACCGGAAGAACCUGGAGGAGAUGGGCACCAGCGGUACGACCUUGCAGGGGUGCCUCGACUACAUCUUGCGCCACCGCCCCAGGAUCGUAAUCUUCGAGAAUGUGAAGAACAUCGCCCUCCUGGACUCUGCGACAGGCAUACGCCCCGUCGACCUUGUCAUGGAGGCACUCAAGAGGCUGGGAUACAACGCGGGGUGGAAGUUCCUCAACACGCGGAACUACUACCUGCCCCAGAGCCGUGCGCGCGUCUGGAUGUGGGGCUACCGAACUGGUGACGCGCCCAACCCCAAGUACCGACCUGUCGUGAGCGAGUUGGCCGCCGAGCUGGUGCACCUGGACACGGCGCAGCAGCUCGCGGCCGACGCCGCCGGCGCGGCGCUCAACGACAAGGUCUCUAGGACGCUGGAUCACCUGCAGCGGGACGCAGUCCUCCACUUCGACGACCUCAUCCUUCCCGACGACGAUCCGCACGUGCGCCAGGACAUUGAGAAACGGACGGGACGAGACACCAACAAGGUGUCGAUUUCGGAGAAGGCCAAACUUACCUGGGACGUGAAGCACAAGAUGCACCGGGACUCGCUCCGCAACCGCUACUCCAAGCCGUACACCAGCUACCGGGGUGCACCUUGGCUGCGCACGCUGAACGAGCGCGAGAAGCAGUUGUGUGACAUCAACUUCCAGGAGGUUUAUGAGGCGAGAGGCAUCGACGCGCGCCAGGUGCCCAUGGUGUGGGAGCUGUCGCAGAGCGCCGGCCGCGUGCCGGGCACGAAGACCGCCGAGACCCAGAUGCACUGCACGCCGUGUGUCGUGCCCGGCAGUCUGUGGCACACCACCAGGAGACGCUUCCUGCUGGGGCGCGAGAAACUCAGAUUCCAGGGCAUAUUCGAGGAGGACCUGAAGGACUUGGACUGCGUCCCAGAGAGUGUACUGGGCGAUCUGGCAGGGAACGCCUUCUCGGCCACUGUCUGCGCCGCGAACCUGCUCGCGGCGCUCGUCUUCGCAGAGCCGUAGAAUUCGAGGCUGCGCUCUACGUUGGCCACUGGGGAUGUCAGCCUCGACGAACGCGCGGUGGGGCCGCCCUUCGACGAGAGCUGAGCGGGGAUUCAUCUCUUUGCAGCGCGUCUGGUCCCCGAUCCUCACGACGAGCACUGUGAGGGAAGGCGCAGCAGGCCGAAAAAGCGUGCCAGCGUUGUCGAGGUGUCGGGUGUCGUGCACGCGCGCUGGGCGAGCGCCACGUGUCAGGGCAGUAGUCAG